AUGGCUACCAUCAAGGCCAUCGAGCCCAAGUCAGUCCACCAGAUCCAAUCUGGGCAGGUCAUCGUUGACCUGUGUUCCGUGGUCAAAGAACUCGUGGAGAACAGCCUCGAUGCAGGUGCUACUGCUGUGGAAGUCCGCUUCAAAAACCAUGGCUUGGACUCAAUCGAAGUACAAGACAAUGGCUCCGGCAUUGCUCCAGCCAACUACGAGACUCUCGCCCUGAAGCACUACACGUCCAAACUAUCCAGCUUCGAUGACCUCUCCCGUCUGCAGACAUUUGGCUUUCGGGGAGAAGCUCUCUCUUCGCUCUGCGCUCUUUCCAAGUUUUCAGUCGUAACCGCACAAGCGGAUGAAGCGCCCAAGGGCAAACGGCUCGAUUUUGAUUCUUUGGGCAAGCUCAAAUCUGUCACGAUCAUUGCCGCGCAGAGAGGCACUAUAGCCAGCGUUGAGAAUCUUUUCGAGAGUCUCCCUGUCCGGCGCAAAGAGCUGACCAAGAAUAUCAAACGGGAGUAUGGAAAAGUCCUGGGCUUGCUUCAGGCCUACGCUUGUAUCGGCGUCAAUGUUAAAUUUACCGUCAAGAAUGCCAUGCCGAAAGGCAAGAGCAUGACGGUCUUUUCUACAAAAGGCAAUGCCACAACCCGGGAGAAUAUUGCAAAUGUCUACGGAGCUAAGACGCUAAGUGCAUUGGUUGCCGUGGACCUCGAGCUUGAUUAUCAGCCCACAUUGACCCAACUGGCCCGCAAAGGAAAGCGUAGCACGAUACGUGUCAAGGGCCACAUUUCAAAGCCGGUGUUUGGGGAAGGCCGGCAGACGCCUGAUCGACAGUUGUUUUUCGUCAAUGGUAGGCCAUGUGGUUUACCCCAAAUCGCAAAGGCCAUCAAUGAAGUAUACAAGGCUUUUAAUGUCUCACAGUCACCUUUUAUAUUGGCGGACCUUCAAAUGGACACCAACGCGUAUGACGUGAAUGUAUCGCCUGACAAACGCACAAUAUUGAUCCACGACUCGGCGUCGCUUGUGGAGAAUCUGAAGACUGCACUGAAUGAAAUGUUUGAUCAGCAAGAUCAAACAGUGCCUCAAUCUCAACUGGCCGCGCCUAAGCUGCCUGCUUUCCAGAAACUGAGCUUCCUGCGCCAGACGUCCUCAAGCAGUCCCGAAAACGCAAGUCAACAAACCUCGUUUUCGGAGACCACAAAUCCUAUCAGCGACCAAGACGAGGACGGAUCUGAAGAGAAGCAGUCCUCGAAGGCAUCGUUGAAGGAUGGCUUGCAAAGAUUUUCCCGGACGACAGAGAAGGCGGGACCGAGCCGGAAAUCGCAAUCAAUAACGAAGAGCCCACCAGAAAGACGUACAGAACAAGAAGCAGUUGAAGAGAUGGCUUGGCACGAUACAGCAAGUGAAGGGGCUACUGAAGAAGACGAUGUCCAAGAAAGGAUCGAGACCCAGGCAAAAUCCCAACAGUUCCCAGCCGAGGAAGAGCCUUCCCAGUUUGAUCCAGUCAAGAUACAUGUCAGCGAAUUUAACGCGAGAUUGGCUGAAGCCCAGCCCAGAUUGAAGGACCAUUCCGCCAUACGCCCGGACCCUACACAGCGAUCCCCACAGAUCAAAGCCGUUGUGCAGUCAAGAAAUGGCGAGGAAAAAGGGCUUGUGCACAACGCAUUUGACCGCAUAAGGCCGAAGAGGAUGCCAGCAGAAGUCGCUUCUGUCACGAUCGGAGACCGGACCAUCACCACAGUCCUAGGCAGUCAAUUUUCCAAGCCGCAGGAGAAGCGCGAUGUCCCUAGCAGCCUGAGUGGCACUCGCAAUGCCCAAAAGCGGACGAAAAGUCCUGGCACUGUGCAGUUCUCUCAACAAUUACGCAGGUUUGGUGCUCAAGAGUCGGAAAUGCUCGACGAAGGGGAAGAUGAUGGUGAUGAACAGGCUGAGACGGAAGAUGUCGACAUUAACAGCGAGGAGGAUGAGAAAUCUCACAGUGAAGACGAAUCCAAGUCGGACGAGCAGAGCCUCGGGAAUGACGAGGACGUGGCCGAGAACGAAGUGGAUGCCGCGCCAGACAUGGAAGAGGAAUCGGACACAGACUAUGUUGACGACGAAGAGAAGAAAAGGAUUGAAGAAGCUAGAGUUGCCGAGCUUAUCCUAGCCGCCGAAGCAAGCUCAGCACUUCCAACGAAAGCGAAUCUGCAACGAGCAACCAGAGCUCUGGCAGGAGGACGGGCCAAGGAGACCACAACGAAUUUGUUAGCGACAAUUGAGUUGUCGGUUCCGACCGUGUCCCGACAACUGCGCGACUACAUUGAAUUGGUAGAGGACAACAUGAGGCACGGAUCUUCGCAAGCUGACGGACUUGACGACGGUACUGCCCAGGACCCGGAGGCACGACUUUCACUGACCGUGUCGAAGCCGGACUUUGCGAGAAUGAAGAUUGUUGGGCAGUUCAAUCUUGGUUUCGUUCUGGCGGUGCGACCCGCCAAGCUGGAAUCCGACGACGAGGCCCAAACCACUCAGGAUGAACUGUUCAUCAUCGACCAGCACGCAUCAGACGAAAAAUACAACUUUGAAAGACUACAGGCCGAGACUGUCGUGGGCAACCAACGGCUCGUCCGCCCGGUAACACUCGACUUGACAGCCGUGGAAGAAGAAAUUGUGCUGGAGAACAACCAGGCUCUGGAGAAGAACGGGUUCCUCGUAGAGGUAGACACGAGCGGCGAACGAAUGGUGGGACGACGUUGCCGUCUCGUCAGCCUGCCACUCAGCAAAGAAGUUGUCUUUGGCAUGAAAGACCUAGAGGAGCUCAUCCAGCUAUUAGCCGAUACGCCAGGACGCAGGGAUUCUGAUAUCCCUCGACCUAGCAAAGUGAGGAAAAUGUUCGCCAUGCGAGCCUGUCGAUCGAGCAUCAUGAUCGGCAAGACACUAUCCAAGAAGCAGAUGGAGAGGGUUGUGACAAACAUGGGGACCAUCGACAAGCCCUGGAACUGCCCGCACGGACGGCCGACGAUGCGACAUCUGUGCAGUCUGGACUCGCUGCAGCCGUGGCGUGAGGGCGAAGAUGGACACGAGGAUGCAGUCAGUUUGGGGGUGGCGUUGCACAGAUUUGCAGCGGAGGAGUAG